GUUCAAUCAAUAGCCUGGCUUGGAGGGGGAUUUAGAUGAGACCUGCCAUUGUAUGAAUUGAAGGCAAAUGAUGAAUUUAGCCUCUCCAUCUGCUUCAAUAAUCCUUUCCUUCCACUUCUGCGUACCUUAUCCGUUAGUUAUCAGCGUGGCGCCUCCGCGCACCAGGACUCACUUCCCUCGACACGUCGAGGCGCGACACGUCCAGAACUCAACACCUGCAGCAUUUCAUCAUCUCCAAGUUUGUCUCCCACAACCCCAUAUUCCUCCUAAAUUCUUGUCGUUUCUCCCCUCGAAUAUUCCUAGCACUCGAUGUUGUCCCGUUACCCCUAUUCAACUAGAAAUCGAUCAGUGACUUCGCCGAUUCACCAUAUCACCAGCGAGAAGAGGUUGGCAAAGCGCCCCGCGAGUUCACACCAUGUUUUACAGUCACGAGAUCCUCACCGACGAGUCGUACGGAGUGGCGACGCAAUGCCACUAUGUGCUCACCGACGCUGAGAAGAUCCAUGCCCAUAUGAGAGCCUUCUACAACGCGUUGGGCGGAAGAGAUAAUGCCAUCGAUCCUCAGGCAGGAAAAGCGAAGCGCCAGGAACUCAUCCUCGAGGACGACCCGGAGUUUGAUCUUAACCCGGUUCUUCCCGCCUUCCAUUUUGGCGACGACGGCGGUUUGGUCGUUCCGCAACACAGCCAAACCUCGCGCAAGACCUCGUCUCAGCUUUCGCCGCUGCAAGGAGAGGCUUCUUUAUCAAGUUCUAACCGCUCUUUCCUUGGCGGCUUUGACCUCUCUCAGUCACCGUUUGACGGCAGAAGAAAUUCGCUGGUUGAAGAGCCAUUCGGAUCUGGCAAAGUAGACGACGAGUUGAUGCCAUUCGGUGACGAAGAAAGGGAAUUACAAGCAUUUGAUGACUGGGGAAUUGAGAUUGAUGCGGAUGGAAAUAUCAUACCUGCCAUUGACGAACCACAGCUGCCUGCCCUUCCGCAAGUACAUGCGGGAGGAGACGCUAGCCGGAGGCUGCAAGACGAGGUUAUGUUCUUUGACGACGAAGGCUACUUGAUGAUGGGGGGCGCAGGGAGCGCUUUCAAUUCCGACCCGCCUCUCCCUUUCGGACAGGAACAGUUGCAAGAGGGCGAACAGCAACAGGAACCAGAGCAUGACGGUGUUGAAGAUAUGGUCGCGGCUCAAGAUGAAGUCAGCUCUGGCCAGGCUCCCGUACGUGUCAAGCGUCAACGGCGUCGCCCGGUCCUGGCAGCCGACGACCAAACCAAAAUCACGAGGCAAGAACUCAGGUCUUGGUCCACCAAUUAUUUGGCCAACGCCGAGCAGGCACGCCAGCCACGCCAUGGAAUCACGGGCACGGAAGCCCGCGCAAAUGCCUUCAACCUAGUUUUCGGCCAAGGCAUUGCUGGCGUCGGCUGCCCCACUGGCGUCCCAGGCUUCCCUCACCCGCUGGCGUCACAUUUCGCAGGCGAAGGACUGCAAGCCCGUCUCCUGGGUAUCGUCAUUACUGACGCGGACAGCGAAGAUAGCGAAGCUCCACGUGGCCGCCGCCGGUCGGCCUUCGAAGCGCUCGGAUUAGAAGGAGACGGUGCCGAGCGUCGCGUCCGCCGCCGUCUCAGCGACCAAGACUCCGAAGAAAACCAACACGCUCAGCGACUGCCCCGACCCGACGACGCGCUUCUCCCUUUCCCUGGAGAUGACGAAGUUCCUCCGGUUGAAGUAGGCAGACGAGCCGGUUCCGUCCUCCCUGACAUCCCCUCCGACGUACCCUGGAACCGCCCAUCGUCCCAAAUCCCCAGUUCUUCCGUCAAGGGAGGCGGCAGUAAGCCUCCCAGCAGGCACGUCAGCGCCAGCCCGCUCCUUGGCCGAGGAAAUCUCAGCCUUAUCCCUGGCCCGGAAAUCGAGCGCUUCAGCGAUAGCCACCAACCAUUCCUCGGCUCCGACGGCCUGGGCAGCCAGGACUUUGCCCCUUUACAUUCCGGACCGGCCGGCAGCAUCAUGUCCGACCCGGCCGCCCCUGCUGCUUACGACACCCAGUCCGCGUCGCAGAUGAUGCGCCAUGCGCUUGAUCGCGAGGGGCGGAAUUUCCUAGGCUAUGUCGAGUCCAUCGCAAGGGAGAAGGGCUAUCCCGAUAUUGACGACGAGAACAGCAACGGACGGUGGUGGGUCGAAUUCGACAAGCUCUUUCAGCCGGAGGACCAGAAACGCGCAGUGGUGGCGCAGGCAUUUUACCACGUGCUAUCGCUUGCGACCAAGAACGUCAUCAAGGUGGAGCAGAAUGGACAAGGCGGCCAUGAGCCGUUUGGCACUAUCCACUUGGGGGAGAUGGAGGGCAUGGAGGGCAUGGUGUGGGAUGAGGAAGGACAUGGUGAGUAA